CUUGCGGGGGAGCCACCGCCCCGGCCUUGUUGGGGGGACGGCGGGGGAGCCGCCGGCAGGGCCGCGGCGAUGAUGUCGGGGCAGUCGAUCACCGACCGCAUCACGGCGGCGCAGCACAGCGUGACCGGCUCGGCCGUGGCCAAGGCUGUGUGCAAGGCGACGACCCACGAGGUGAUGGGCCCCAAGAAGAAGCACCUGGACUAUCUAAUACAGUGCACAAAUGAAAUGAAUGUGAAUAUUCCACAGUUGGCAGACACACUCUUUGAGAGAACUGCAAACAGUAGCUGGGUCGUAGUGUUCAAAGCUCUAAUUACAACACACCACCUCAUGAUGUAUGGAAACGAGCGCUUUAUCCAGUAUCUUGCAUCCCGAAAUACUUUGUUCAACCUAAAUAACUACCUGGACAAAAGUGCCAUGCAGGGCUAUGAUAUGUCUACCUUCAUCAGGCGAUACAGCAGAUACUUGAAUGAAAAAGCACUUUCAUAUAGACUUGUAGCAGUUGACUUCACCAAAAUGAAAAGAGGGAUAGAUGGAGUGAUGAGAACCAUGAAUCCUGAAAAGCUUCUGAAAACCCUUCCAAUCAUACAGAACCAGCUUGAUGCACUCCUUGAUUUUGAUGCAAAUCCAAAUGAACUAACAAAUGGUGUUAUAAAUGCUGCCUUUAUGCUCCUCUUUAAAGAUUCCAUUAGACUUUUUGCAGCAUACAAUGAAGGGAUUAUUAAUCUUUUAGAAAGAUAUUUUGAUAUGAAGAAGAACCAGUGCAAAGAAGGCUUGGAUAUUUACAAAAAAUUUCUAGCCAGAAUGACCAAAUUGUCAGAAUUCCUCAAAGUAGCAGAGCAAGUUGGAAUUGAUCAGGGUGACAUUCCAGAUCUUACUCAGAGGAUCCCUGGCAAGGCACCCAGUAGCUUGCUUGAGGCAUUGGAACAGCAUUUGGCUUCUGUGGAGGGAAAGAAAACAAAAGAAGUCUCUGCUGCCAGCAGAGCUAGUGCCCUUUCCAGUGCUGUUUCCUCACUUGCCAAUACAGGAAUGUCAUUCAGCAGGAUGGAUGAGAAAGAAAAGCAGCAGGCGUUGGAGGAGGAGCAAGUUAGACUGCAGGCAUUGAAGGAGCAGCGAUUAAGAGAGAUUUCUGUAGUAUCAAAUUCCACUUCCACAUCAGCAUCCCCAAGCACUUUAUCAGGAAAAAGUGUGAAUACCACUGUAGCUGUUGACCUCUUUGCUGCACCAGCACCCACAACAAACAGCAUGCCCAACCUUUCUAGUGAUCUUUUUGAUCUUCAGCCUGCAUUUGUUCCAACUGUGCAGAGUACUCCAGCUAUAUCAACAUCAGCAAGCAGUGCUUGGGGAGGUCCUUUCUCGUCUUCAAAUGGUUGUGUUGGUUCUCCACCUCAUCUGGACAUCUUUGACAUGAAGCCAGUUGAAGAAGCUGUAAAAUCUGCCACCCCUUUCAUCAAUUCUUCUUUUUCCUCCAAACAAACGGUGGAACUGUUUAGUGAUGACUUUAGUGGUCAUAAACCUACAUAUGCUUCUGUGUAUCAUCCUCUGACUGUUGAUGGUUUCCCUCUUCAUUCAGCUCCUCCAAGUACCACCUCUUCAUCAAUCAAUGUGGACUUUGAUGCUGUUUUUGGAGGAAAAUCUUCAGCACCAGAGUACAGGACUGCCAGUGAUGAUGUAUUGCAACCCACAGUACCGCCACAAAGUCAAAGAGCCACUGGAGCCAGCCAGCAAAGUGGAAAAAUUUUGGCAAAUGACCUCGAUUCUUCACUUGCUAAUCUAGUAGGAAAUCUUGGCUUUGGGGGAACUCCAUCCAAAAAGUCAGACAUGCAGUGGUCACAGCCCACAGAGAAAAAACUUACUGGUGGAACUAACUGGCAAGCAAAAACAAGCACAUCAACCACGUGGAACCCAACUCCCCUACCCACCAUUCCACACAUGGUACCUGCUCCUAUCGCAUACCCGUUGACCACACCUCAAGUGCCUGUAUAUGGAAUGGUACCUCCUCAGGUUGGAGCUGCUCCUUUGAUGGCACCCCAGUCAAUGAUGUAUACACAGCCUGGUCUACGGCCAACAAAUCCUUUUGCACCUGUUUCUGAAACUCAGAUACAGUUUAUGUAGAGCCACCAAAGCAACAAGAUGUGAGAACAACCAAAUACUGCAGAAAACUGUAUUUUUGAGGUUGACUCAGAAGGUGCAAGCUGGAUUAUCAUCUUCAAAGCUGAAGAGAAGGUUACAUGAUUGCUCUACAACCUUAAUCAUCAGUGGAUGACCUUGGGAAUCGACUGAGGAUGUCAAAAGCUAUUUAUUUUCUCCAUAAAUUCUGUGGCUGUUGUAACCAAGACACAACACAAAUCAAGUUGAGCAAUAAAAUUUUUAUGUGCUCUAAUAAAUACUCUGACAGAGCAAUGCUUGCAUUAUCAUAAGGCCAAUAUUGUGUGAAAUCAGACAGCUUUUUCACAUUAGAGUAGCUUAUAGUAAUUUGCAAACUUUAUAAUGUGAGUUUGAAAUGCUGUGAAUCAACAAGACACAUACUUAUUACAUAUAUAUAUAGUAAAAAUAAUAAAUUGCUCCCUUGGUAUAUCAGUGUUACAGGGGGAGUUAAAAGAGCUGGGCUCUGAUAUGGGCUGCAGGUCUGUGGUGGAGGAGGGAAAACAAGUGUGUGACAGAACAGCACUUGCAGCCUGCAAGAGGUGACAGGAGCUGCACUUCCAUCAGGUACCUUCUCUGCAGGUGGCAUCUUUCAUCCUUCAAGGAAGAGUAGCUUUGGGAGCCAGUGGCUGUAGUGUCCCUAACCUCAGCACGGGGGAGCAAUUUCUAAAUCCUGUUGCCAAGUGCAAUCGAGGCAAGAGAUUCAGUUUUCCUUUUUUAAAGUCCAUUAGGUCAGAAGACUCAAACCUUGCAGUCACGCUGACUCUUGUGAACUGGCAACUAUAUGAAAAUUAUCCAGCUGUAGAGAAUAGCUUGUGCUGCUUUUUUUGAAAUAAGAACCUAGUUGUAAACCAUAUAAAAGUAAUUAUUUUUAAAUGUGUAAAUAUGUGCAAACUUUUAGAUAAUUGUUUCUUUGAUGCUGCAGUAAUCUUUUUCUUCUGUAGUAAUUUCAAGGUUCAAAUGCUAUGUUAAGAAAUGCAGACUCUUUUUGAGAGGAAAAUCUUUUAAAUCAACUAAUUUAUGAGGUAUUGCUGUUCACAAUGGGUCAGAUGUGUACAGACUUCUGGCACAUCUUUUGUAUUUAAAAAUCUUCCUCCAGAACUGAAAUUGGCUAUGAAAAUGCCUUAUCUUCUAUUUUUAACUGUCUGUUAAAAAGUGAUAGCAUUAAAAAAACCCAAUAGUUAUAAUAAGUAGAUGGAACUGGGAACAACCUUUCCUCCAGAAGUUUCACGGCAGAACACAAUGAAAAGCUCUCCCAUAGAAUUACUUCUCCAAAUGAUUAAUAUUAAAGCUGAGUUUUCCAAAAAGGAAUAGUUUUCUAUUGUUACAAUAAAUAGACCUCCAGAGUAGUAAGUCUUUUAUCUUUUGGGGAGUCUGUAAUUGCAGAAAUAUCUCUGACUCUCACCAUAAAUGCAGGUAGGCCUGAGAAUCUUUUCAAACUGUCUAGUAGAGAACUUCUAAAUUACAGCACAUUCCUCAAAUUGGGAACAAGCCUUCUCUUUUUCCCAAUGCUUAAUUCUGUCCAAAGAGUGCAAAAGUAGUCUCUCUUAACCCUAUGGAAGUAUUUUUGCCAAAUGAAAUAACAUAAAAGAAGCAAAAUAAAACUUCGUUCCCCAGCCGUUAGAAUCUGUAACUGCUGAUUUCCUGGGAAAUGUAAUCUUGCAGAAAUUUAAAACUCAGAGUUCCUUGAUGUGUAUUGAUUUUUAAAAGAAUUUGGACCAGUAUAUGGCAAUUUAAUGUUCAAGUUUGAAUUACAAAGGGCUUCAAGCUUUAAACCACCUUUACUGGGUUGAACAGUUGUACCAUUUUAAGCCAAUGAGUUCUUCAGUGCCUAUAGUUGCCCUCCACAUGACAAGGGAAUAGAUGCCAUUUAGAAUAAGUCAUUGUGUUGAGGGGACUGUUUAUUUAGGAAAUAGUGAAUUCCACUGAUUUAUUCAGCAAUGAAAAGUCUUGUGUUCAAAUUAGACCAGUACCUGUAGUUACAAAUAUCUGGGCAUUAGUGACAGAGGUGAGAGCGCCACAAGCAGGCAGUUCCAUGCACUGUAAGCUGUUAGGUCUCCUUCUCAUACUGAGUUGUAUAAGUAAUAAUGCAUUAUUUUAAUAAAAUAUGCAAAUAAAUGCCUGGCAAGCAGUAUAUAUUUGUUAUAACUUUAUUGCAGAGCAUUCUGAAUAUCUGGAAUGUACUUGGCUCAGAAAUGGAUUUAGUACUAGGUCAUAGUUUGCACUAUUUCUGAUUAGUUCUGGAUCUUUUUAAUAGUUCUUUGGUCUGCUUUCUUGUAGCAAAGCUGUCUGAUACCAAUUUAUUUAGUAUUAAAAAAGGAGAAACAGCCACAACGUACAUUCUAAAAACUUUAUAGCCUACCUUCUUUUUAGUUUCCUUCACAGUGUUUGAUACUUUGAAACACAGCAUUCAGUUUGAUCCUUGUGAAGCAAAGGUUGCUUCUCUCUGCACACGAGUGCACAGGACUGGCCAACCUCUUCCUGGUGCAUGUAUUGGAAUGCAUAAAAUGGCAGAGUAUGUGUUUCAAUAACAUAAUUCAUACAUAAGAAGU